CUAACGCUUUGUGAUUGUUUGGAUGACGUCAUCUUCGUCUCAAUCACCAACAUUAUAAUAAUAAACUGAAACCAGUGCCAUUUUCGCUUCUCAUUUUCCCUUCAAAUUUUUGUUUUUCAAAAUAAUCUCUGAAAAUCUGAUUCCUUUUCCCCCUUUUUUCUUCAAUGGCAGCCGAAGAAGAAUUCCAAGAAUCAGAUGUUAUAUUCCCCGACGCCACGCUUAACGGCGGAGCUCCUCUUCCCUCCGAUGAAUUAAUAGAUCGCCGGCGAUUCUUAUCCAAAACCGUCCGUUCUGUUCCCGUUAACAUCCCGCUUCAUCAACGUAGUACUAUCGUUUUCGAUUACGGUGGUGAUUUAGAUGAAGAUCGGGAAAUUGUGCCGCCGCAUGUGAUAUUAGAACGGAGAAUCGCUGCGAAAACGGCGUUUUCGGUUUGUACAGGUAAUGGAAGAACGCUUAAAGGAAGGAAUUUGAGUCAAGUUCGGAAUUCGAUUCUCAGGUUGACUGGAUUUUUGGAAGUAUAAAAAAAUUAUAUAUAUGUUUAAUUUUUUUUCAAUUCUUUUUUUUUCAUCAUUUCAAAAUUCAGAAAUGGAUUGGGAAAAAAGAAUUUGAUUUUAUAUGUUAUAUAUAAAAAUUAUUGAUGAGUUUCAAUUAUUA